ACAAGCUAGUGACUCUGAGGAAGAGGGGGAUUCAGAUGAAAAGGACGGUGAAGUGUCUCACCUCCCAAGAUGGAGAAAAGCACACACAUCCGUUGAUGCCUACCCAGACUGGCAGGGCCAGCUGCCAAAAGCUGAUGACAUCCUGUCCCCCCUCCAAUACUUCAGAAAGUUCUUCUCUGAAGACAUUCUUCAAGUUAUUGUAGAGGAAUCCAAUUUGUAUUCGAUUCAGUGUGACCCCAACAAGCACUUAAACCUUACCACCAACGAGUUAGAGCAGUUCCUCGACUCUGUGGUCUACAUGUCCCUCUUUGGCCUGCCAGCAACUCGAAUGUUUUGGAACAAAGCCACCUGAGUGUCCAGAGUAGCAGAGACAAUGACCCUCAACAGAUGGGAAGCCAUCAAGAGGUCCCUCCACAUCAACAACAAUGAGGGACAGGAACAAGUUGAUCCCCUCUACAAAAUACGUCCUCUGGUCACUCACCUGACAUCCAAAUUGGUCUCCAUCCCAAUAAGUGAGAAGCUCACCAUAGAUGAGCAGAUGGUGCCGUUCAAGGGGAGAAACAGAUUGAAACAGUACCUACCAUCAAAACCUAAGAAGUGGGGCUAUAAAAUUCUCAUCUUGGCAGGAUCUAAUGGAAUACCAUACAACCUUGAGGUCUACACUGGGAGAGUCAACCAACAUCUUGAGCUGCCAGAUGUUGGAGCUAGUGGAAAUGUCGUCCUUCGAUUGGCCCUGCCAAUCCCCAAGGAAGAGAACUACAAGCUCUUCUUUGACAAUUGGUUCACUAGUGUCCCUCUUGUAGUCACAUUGAAUGAGCAGGGAAUUCGGUGCACUGGCACUGUUCGUGGUAACAGAUUACCUGGGAUCAACCUGAAGAGCGAUGCUGAUCUGAAGAGAGCAGGACAUGGGGCAUUCGAAGAGAAGAUAGCCAUGGUGAGAGAAACCACCUUGCAUGUUGUCAAGUGGUAUGACAACCGCUCUGUGACCCUUCUGAGUGACCACAUCGGAGCCAACCCUGUGACCGAAGUUGACAGGUGGGAUCGCAACCAGAAGAAACACAUCACUGUCCCCUGCCCUGCUGUGGUGCAAGAAUAUAACAAGAACAUGGGUGGGGUGGACCUGCUUGACUCACUGAUUGCACUCUACCGCAACAAAGUUAGAUCCAAGAAAUGGUACCACCGGCUGGUGUUCCACUUCCUGGACAUGAUCAUUGUAACCACCUGGCUGCUCUACAGAAGAGACUGUGAAGGCACUGGUAUGGAGAAGAAAGACCAAAUGAGGCUCUAUACCUUCAAAUCUUACAUUGCAGAGGGCCUCUGCAUGUGUGGAAAAAGCCUGGAGAAGAAGAGAGGUCGUCCCAGCCAGUCCAUUGCUGGCGCAUAUGAGGAGAAGAGGAAGAAAGGAUGCACAGCUCCCAUUCCAGUCGAAGAUGUCCGCCUGGAUCAAACAGCCCACUGGCUGAUCAUGACUGAGGACAAGGGACGAUGCAGGGUGCCAGGGCGCAAUGGUGCCACAAAUCUGAUUGGUCAAUGUCAUGUCAAUCAAAUUCAACAGUCCAAUCAGGGAACAGGUUUCCAAACAGUGGCGCAUCAAACAGAGUUUUUUAAGACAACUCUUGAGCAAUUAUUUUCUCCCAUCUUCUGUUUGUGUUUGACACUCAUUCUUAUUUUCUACCUUGUUUGUAUUUUUUUUUUUUUUUCCUGCCCGAAUUCUCUGAAGAACCUGAAGAGGUUUGGCUUUACACAAACCUACAAGCUUCGGAAGGUGUAUGAUCCUGUUAGGCUGCAGAGGGACUUGGUGGUGUCAUCCAAACAGGGUGGUGGCUGUUACAGUCUUGUCAGCAUCAUCAGUCAUUAUGGAGGCACAGAAUCAGGACACUACAUCUGUAUUCUGUCCAUCCUGAGGAGAGUCCAUACUCUACAUCAGAUAAUUGGCUCACCUAUAAUGACGCACAGGUGCUCCACACAACUGGAUCUGCAGUUUGUGAGGAACAGCAGCACUCGGCCUACAUCCUGUUUUACAAGAGAAAUUUCUAAAACAGGGUGUGGAGGGGAAGUUAAGGUCAUCAUCAUGCUGAGAAGGAAAAGCAGUCGUCCCAGCCCACCAUCGCUGACUGGAGGACAAAUAUUAGUAAGCAUUGCCCUUAGGAGGAAGGGUCCUCCCAGAGAGCCUGGUUCCUCCCAAGAUUUCUUCCUCAAGGAGGGAGUUUUUUCUUUCCACCGUCGUCCCACAUUCACUGGUCUCAUCAGCAGAGACAUUUUCAACCUCCUAAGACCUGAACUCUAUCAUGGCAUGGUGUUUCUCUGACGUGCCUUGCUUGUCUUUUGAGAUGGAAUGCCCUGUGGGUUGAUCACUGUGACCAACUCCUAUACACUCUCAUUUAAAACUCUGGUAAUCGGUCAUUGGAGUAAGAUAUUUGAAAUUUGAAGUUAAAGUGGAAAACUUUUGAGAAAGUUGAACUCACAAGUUCCUGCCAAACAGAAUCUGUUCCAGCUGUUUGAAACUGCAUAAGACAAUUAGUGCAUUAAAGGGGAGAGAUGAUGUAGAUGUAAACAAUGGCACAGCAGCAAAAAUUUACAUUGAACCAUUAAGAAAGUGGUGAAUGUUAAAUUAAGGCUAUGUCCACACUUCAUUCGUGUGAAAACGCAUCUUUUUUUCUCCGUUUUGGCCUUCCGUCCACACUGAGAUGGCUUUUUUGGUCAAGGAAAACUGAGUAGUGUAGACCUAGCCUAAGAAGUGUAAAAUAAACACUGAAAACAAUAAAAACAGCUCAGCAGCAGUGAAACAAAGGCUACGUACACACGUACACGGGUAUUUUUGCAUUUGCACCUUUCGUCCACACGUAAACUGCAUUUUCAAUCACUGAAAACGGAGAUUUUUAAGAACUCCUGCCACGGUGAUUUUCGAAAACUCAGUUUUUGCGUUUACGUCUGGACAAGGAAAACGGAGAUUUAUUCACACAACGUCAAAAGUGUGCGCCUUUUUUGAUGUCACUCUGUGUACCAUGUUAUUGUUUACUUGAGAUGAAUUUCUACAAUGGCAGAUAUAGACAAAAUACUGUUGCUGUUAAUCUGACUAUCUGCAGUUUUUACACGCUUACAAUUUACAAGUUGCAAUUUGGAUAAAUUUAAAUUUUUAAAUUAAAAUUUAUGCAGUAGCUGCUCUACCAGGUAGAAUCAUUAAGUUUAAAAUCCAGGCGUCCGUGAAAACAGAACUUAUCAAAUUUAAUGUAGUUAGAAGUUAGCAUGCAGCUCACUAGUUUCCAGUUAAACAUAAUAUACCAUGUUCUGCCUGAGGGAUUUCUGAAAAAAUUAAAACGUACAGCUCUGCUAUAACUUAUGAAAUAAAUGAAGACAGAAAACUUGUCAGUGUGCCCCCUCCCCUCCUUUAAUAUUGACAGUUAUAGCACAAACAGCACUACUAUAUGGUACUAUUCAAGGUACUCAUUCAUGCUAGUUAUUUUAUGUCUCCGUCAGACUCCCACAUCUAUAAUAUUUCUUUGACACAGAC